AGAUCCGGAGGGGCGGGGGCGGGCCCGCGGCGCAUGCGCGCUGCAUUGUUUUGACUGAAAAUGCCGUCGGUUUCGAAAGCGGCGGCGGCGGCGCUGAGCGGGUCCCCCCCGCAGACGGAGAAGCCGACCCACUACAGGUAUCUAAAGGAGUUUAGGACAGAGCAGUGCGCCCUGUUUGUGCAGCACAAGUGCACCCAGCACAGGCCAUUUACCUGUUUCCAUUGGCAUUUCCUAAAUCAGCGUCGGCGCAGACCGCUCCGCAGGCGCGACGGCACGUUCAACUACAGCCCAGACGUGUACUGCUCCAAGUAUGACGAGGCCAGCGGCGUGUGCCCCGACGGCGAUGAGUGUCCCUACCUGCACCGGACGGCGGGCGACACGGAGCGCAAGUACCACCUGCGCUACUACAAGACGGGCAUCUGCAUCCACGAGACCGACGCCCGGGGUCACUGCCUGAGGAACGGGCUGCACUGCGCCUUCGCCCAUGGCCCCCUGGACCUGCGGCCACCAGUGUGUGAUGUCAGGGAGCUGCAGGCUCAGGAAGCCCUGCAGAAUGGCCAGCUCGGCAGUGGGGACGGCCUCCCUGACCUGCAGCCCGGGGUCUUGGCCAGCCAGGCCAUGAUCGAGAAGGUCCUGGGCGAGGACCCCCGGUGGCAAGACACCAACUUCGUGCUGGGCAGCUACAAGACCGAGCAGUGCCCGAAGCCGCCACGCCUGUGCCGCCAAGGCUAUGCGUGUCCACACUACCACAAUGGCAGGGACAGACGGCGGGACCCCCGGAGGUUCCAGUACAGGUCCACACCGUGCCCCAGUGUGAAGCUCGGCGAUGAAUGGGGCGAGCCCUCAAGGUGUGACAGCGGGGACAGCUGCCUGUACUGCCAUUCCCGCACGGAGCAGCAGUUCCACCCCGAGAUCUACAAAUCUACGAGGUGCAACGACAUGCGCCAGACUGGCCUCUGCCCUCGGGGUCCUUUCUGUGCCUUUGCACACGUGGAAAAGAGCCUCGGAACAGCCAACGGCUGGGGCUGCCGAGACCUGCCCUGCACCGGCAGCACCGCGGCCGACGGCGGCUGGCCUGGAAACGCAAAGUGGAGAGACUCGCCCGCGGCAGGCGGCCAAAAAGCCAGCGAGCAGGACAGUAAGCAGAACCACCUUUCAGUGUUUGCUGUGGUUCACCCUCUGGCACCCAGUGUGGCAUCCAGCGUGGCGUCCAGCCUGGCAUCGAGCACUGGCUCCGGCAGCUCCUCCCCGCCCGCCCUGCCCGCCCUCCCGGCCAGCACCCACGCGCUCGGCCCCACUGGCACUGCUGUCGAGUCUGUCCCAGGUUCUGCUCUGGAUCUGCACCUGAGUGACCUGAAUCUCGCACCCCCAGAGAAGGGACUUGAGGAGCAGGACGCCAGUGACCUUGGCCCCCCAGGUCAGCGGUCGCUGGGGGGCUCAGCUCCCGUGGCCAUCCCAGGCGGCCCACCCCGCUCCCCGUCCCUGCCGUCCUCGUCCUCGCUGUCCACCUCCCCGCUCUGCUCGCUCUCCCAGCCCCCGUCGGGGCCGUUCGUCUCCUCGGCCAUGACGCCCCCCCAGCAGCCACCGCCCCUCAAGUCGGAGCCCGACGCACUGGGCUCCUCGGCCCCGUCCUACGCCUUAGGCUUGAACGGCGUCCCCGGGAGCAUCUGGGACUUUGUUUCUGGCAGCUUCUCUCCCAGCCCGACCCCCAUCCUGAGCGCCGGCCCCCCGUCCUCUUCAAGCACAAGCCCCAACGGCGCCGAACUGGCUCGCGUCCGGCGGCAGCUGGACGAGGCCCGGAGGAAGAUCAGGCAGUGGGAGGAGUCCUGGCAGCAGGUGAAGCAGGCCUGUGACGCGUGGCAGCGGGAGGCCAAGGAGGCCAAGGAGCGCGCGCUGGCGGCCGACAGUGCCCGGCAGCUGGCCCUGCAGAAGAAGGAGGAGGUGGAGGCGCAGUUCAGGCGGCUGCAGGAGGAGCUGGAGGGCCGGGGAGCGGCCGCGGUGCUACCUGGGCUGCGGCGCUGCGGGGACCUGGGCGCGGUGCCUCUGCCCAAGCUGCGCUCCCUGCGGAGCCAGCUGCGCCUGGACUUGGAAGCGGUCGAUGGGGUGAUCUUCCAGCUGCGCUCGAAGCAGUGCGAGGUGUGCCGGGAGCGGGCCCACGGCGCCGUCCUGCGGCCCUGCCAGCACCGUGCCCUGUGUGAGCCAUGCGCGGCCAGCGCGCCCGGAUGCCCCUACUGCGAUGGCCAGUCCAUCCCGUGGUGAUGGCGCCUUGCCCGUGUUCCACAGAUGCGGUGACAUCGCCGCUCAGCUCCUGGUUCCACCGACUCGGGGCCCCGGCCCUGGGCAACUGCUGGGACCGGAGCCUGCGUGUCCUGCCGUGGCUGCUCGGGGUUCCUCCGGUAGACCCGGCGGGACCCUGCCCCGCCCCACUGGCUCCGCUCACAGCGGUCUGGGCGGGAGGGCGUGGGAGCCCGCGGGGGCUGCGCAGUCCUGGCACUACUCGGACUGAUCCUGGGAAUUCGGGUCCAGCAAAGCACUUUGUAAACCGAGGAACUUAAACGGGCGUCUUAAGUUGCUAUAAGCUGCUUUCUAGGUUCAUGUUUUUUUUAAUAUGCGAUAAUAUGAAGCUUUAUAUGUGUACUGUGAACUUAAAAUAUUACUAUCAGUUUGUUAACUCAUAGUAUGGUAAUUACAUUAGAUUUCAUAUCCUGAAAUGUUACUUCUGAAAUGAGCAUUUAUCUAUUUAGUGAGAGAGACCUAGGAUUUUUAUAGUUUUCAAAUUAAGUGCAAAUAGUAUUUAUAGCAGGGAGUGAUUCUUGAAAGAUAUGUCCGUUUAAAUGCUUUUAACUUUGUGGGAAGAAUGCUUCCCAAGCACGCGGCGCGCGUCCACUGGCCGGUCCGCCGCCGCGGGGCGGGGCGAGUGGGGCGGAGCUCGCUGUUGGGCCCGCCCACUUCUCUAAGCGCCUGCGCCUGCGGAAGGAGCCACGGAAGCGGUGCUUUCGGCUUUUUCUUCUCCCUUCAAACUCUCUGAGACAAUUUGCUGGUGGAAGGUGAGCAGACAGGGUCCGGCGGCGGUGGUGGUACGUUCCCUGAGCCGUGUCCUGGCCGUGUCUGCCGGGCAGUGGUGCUCUCCCCCUUCUGGGCCUGCUGGCGGGCGCCUGGGGCUGUCGGGACCCCGCCCGUGGGGGAGGCGGGCCAGGCGGUGGUGAUGUGCACACUCUGAGGCGCCCUGCAGCGCACGCUGCGCGUGGCCUGUGCACCUGGGUAUUGGCAGGCUUUCAUGUGGCCGCGAGGUUGAGAACACCUUGGCUGCAUACGGGGCUGGGGCCGUAUUCUGCCGCAGGUCCCUCAGCCCCAGGUCCAGCCUGGCGUCAAGGCCGCAGCAGAAAUGCUGAAAAUGGGCCUGAUUCUAGCCAGGACUUGAAUCUUCUCCGGUCUUGUUGGGUCAUUUUUCCUGGCAAUCUGGGAAGCAGAAGGUGUCCAUAGUUUACCCAGCAACUCACUGCAAAGCAGCCCAGGUUGCAGUGAGGAAAUCUCUCCAGGGCCGCUGGGGGCGGGAAGUGACCCCUGACCCGUCCCUACCGCCUGUGGCUCUGCCAAAGACUUUUAAUAGCAUUUUUAAAAGUGCGAAGUGACUAGGUAAGAAUUUUUAUCAGUGACCAAAUAUUUACUAUAGGAAGAGGUUUAAAACAUUUUUUAAUGUAAGACAAACUGAUAGAAAAGUUGUGUCAUUGUAAAGUUGGAUCUAUGACAUUCUGCUAGUCCGCUACUAAAGGUUAACUAUUGACGGUUUUAGUGACUCUGUUUUUAACGAUAGUGAUUUAUUAGCUCUUAGAAAUUACGUAUAUUUUGUGCUACUGUUAUCACUGUUUAAAAUUAUUUUUAUUAAUAUUUAUGUACUUGUUUCCCAUUUCAGGCCUUUGGUCUUUUUGGGAAGCAGGACAAUGUUUAUUAUUGAUGCCUAGACAUUUUCAAAUUACAAUUACGAACAAUUAAGCUUUAGGUCUAUUUAUAAGCUACUCUGUGAGUUGUGUGCUGGCUGGGAGUCUGCAGGCACACAUCCCCGGGCUUGCACUCCUAGGACAGGCACGGUGGGAAGACCACAGCGGCACCCAGUGGGCCUCCUGGAGUGCCGGGCUGCUUGGGGGGCCUCCUCUCCCUGCUUCUCAACGGCGGCCCUGGUCUCCCGAGGGAGCCGACCCUGCAGGCCCAGGUGGCUGAGCUGGGGGCAGGCUUGGCCUCUCAGGCCUCAGGUCUAGUCGUGGGUGCCAGUUGGGAGGCUGGGGACGGCAGCUGGAGCUGCAGGUACUUGCUGGGUGAGGUGGUGUCCUCGCUGCCUCUCGCCUCCCAGCCCCUUGUGUCAGUAUCAUUGCCAGCACUGUACCAUCACUGCACUUGUGGGCCUGGGGUCAGCAGAUCUCAGCUUCAUGUGGAUUAAUUUAUGGAAGUCCAAAUCUGUGUGUGCUGAGUGUUUAGAUGAGAUAUUACUGGAAUGGAAUAUUCUUAACCCAGAAGGUAGUAGUAUUUAUAAUGCAUAAUCAUUUAUUUGUAGUGAAUUGUUUAAAGUUAACACUUGUUUAAAUCUUUUUACACUAUAGCAUUUAUGCAACAGUUUACAGAAUUCAUGGAAUUAUUUUUAUCCAUAUGGGAAUUAAUUAAAACUCUGAAUCUUUA